UCCCGAGGGUGAGAUACACUAAGAGCCAUAACAUUGAUCGUCCCGCGCCUCGGCUGAGUGAGGGAGGGAGUGAGGCAGUGGGCGUGUUUUGUUUGGCUUCCCUGCUGUCACUUGAUUGUGUUCACCCCGAUCUCUGAAUCAAUUCCUCCCUGCUUGGCCGCUGAGGUGUGUGCUGCGGGGUUGGCAAGGACAGACACGCAUUGCAGGCACCAUGGGAGGAGAACAGAGUCGCGUUGAAGGAGGAGGAGGAAGCGGUAGCGGGGGCGGCGGGUCAGGAGGGAGCAGCGGGGGAAGCACAGGGGGGCGGGGCACGGAGGGGACGGCACCGGGGACAAGGAGGGGGUCGGAGAAUAACAGACCGACUUCCACCUCCCCACGCCCCUCCAUCUCCUCUGACGCCGAUCUUCCCUACAUCUCCUACACCGUGAAUCGUCCCAUUGGAGACUCCCCCAAGCACACAUCGCGGGGGCUGCGGGGCCUGCGAGGGUCUGGCGGAGGGGGGUCGCCAAGGAGGAGCCGCUACUACCGAGGCCCGCACUCCCACACACGCCCGCAGGAGGUGGUGGUGGUGCGGGAGGCCACCACCACCUCCACCACCGUUGAUCCUGAGCUGGCCAGGCUGCAGUCCAUCCCGACGUUCCUGCCCAUCAUGCGUGGCGCCCUCACUGCCCCGUCAGCAAGGGAUCCUGAGGUACUGGAACGCCUUGACACCGCCGCCCUUGUGGAACUCUGCCGCCGGUACCAAUGCCACCUGCACCUCGCUGCCUCCACCACCACCCAGGCACAGGACGCCCUUGCUAACAAAAUCCGUGAUGUGGAGAGCACCCUUAGCACCGUCGUGACUAACCUGACAGAGAGGCAGAAGAGUUUUGCCUGGUAUGCUGAGAAACUUGGUCAUGUUAGUGAAGUGAGUCAUGCCCUCUCCCGUUGUCACGCUUCCCUCAACCUGAUUCUUGAGAGCUUGGACGCCCUCAACACAGCCCUGCCUAUCAAUGAGCGACUGGAGCCCUUCGUCUGGACUACCGGCUGAGGGGAGGUGCAAGGGGAAGGGCGUGGAAAGGAGACAGAUGGGAGAAAGCUGUGAUUUUGUGAUGGGGGUUGUACAUAAGGAGAAAUGGAAGUUGUAGUGUUGAGUUAGUGGUCAGAUCUGAAAGGAAUGGAAGACUGAUGUUGUGAAAUGUUGUGAUGGAGGUUAUACUUAGAUAUGAAAAGGAGGAAGAGUUAGAGUAUACAGUUAGAAGAGAAAGGGAAUGAUAAGUGGCUGUGAUGAACUAGUAAUAAGAGUGACAGGGACGAGUUAGGGUUUAUACAGUUAGCAGUGAUGAGGGAAGUGAGUGAGGG